AUGACAAGAACCGCAAUCUCGGACAUCUCCACAUUCCAACUCUGGGUUUGGGCAAGUGUCAAUCGAAAAGAACAGAGUUUUGCACCUCAAACUCUCAAGCUGCAUGCAUACGACUCCGAGAUUGUGGGAGUGAUCGGCACUGAAGGCUUGCAGUUGUCCAGAAUAUGUCCCUCUCGCCUGCUGUGGGGGAGCGCGAGGGGUGGGUGUGUACGCUCAGAUGGCUGGUCAUCUCGUAGCUCAGCGUGCAAGUCUUGGGUCCGUCUCCUGCUCGUUUGCCCCGAUCCAGAACUCUAUUCCUCCGCUACUGCCGGCGACGGAUCCAAAUCCACCAUAGAGCGACCCGAUCGUACCUCGCAGCCAGCUCGUGCAGCCCGCCGGGUGUACCCGGGGGCAGUUAAGCAGCGUCACGAGCCGUGCCUCCAGCAGAUGGACACCCGACCCACCCUCGAUAGCCGACAUGAGGCGAUGGCUGGGCGCCGAGUGCACCUUUGGGACGAGUGCAGACCUGAGAUUCCCAUGUUCUCUACUGAUCACUUGACCACUUGA